GUAAAACAACGUAAUUUGAGGUUAGCAUCGAACAUUUUGCAUCCUUUCACUUUAAUGCUUAAAUUAACGUCAUUUUUUUGUAUCUUACAGAAAUAGAAUUAUGACUAGAUUAACUUGUUACAUAUUUUUAUUCUGAAAAUUAUGAAAAAUAUGAAUAAAUUAUGUUUAUUGCUGCACUUGCUGGGGUGAAAACAAACCAAACUUUUUUGAAACUAGUAGUAAGUCAAAAUAACGUACGUUUGAAAUAUGGCGGCGGGAAAAUUCAAAUUGAUCAAAUCAAAGAAAUCCUAACCCUCAUCCUAAAGGCCAAUUCGAUAUGCACUUACGAAAAAUAAUUGUUCUCCGCCUCGCAAAGUUUCAUGGAACAUGAACUUUUAUCAUGAAACCUUUCCAAGUUCACGUGAAAAUUUCAAUGUUUCAAUUAAAUAUUUCAUGACUUGGGCUAACAUCUUUAAUUUUCUUUCUUCAAUUACUGCCCAUGCGCAGCUAAAACAAAUCAAACGAAUGCACCAGACGACAUUCGAUGCGGUACUGUGCAUGUUGGAGGAUUUGUUUCGACUGAAUUUUUCAUCUAAUAAUCGAAAAAUACCACUGCCAAAAUGAAUCGAAUCCUACGAACGCUAAAGAGCAAAGAGACUCGGGAAUAUCUGAUGAGCACACAUUUCUGGGGACCACUUGCAAAUUGGGGUAUUCCAAUUGCAGCAAUAGCUGACAUUCAGAGGGACCCAAAAUACAUUAGUGGAAAAAUGACAUUAGCUCUGUGUUUAUACUCAGCUAUGUUCAUGCGAUUUGCACUAAAAGUACAACCACGAAAUUUACUUCUGUUCGGGUGUCACUUCGUUAAUGAAGGUGCACAAUUAACUCAAGGAUACAGAUUUCUCAGUCAUCAUUAUACCGCAGAAAAAGAAGAUAAGUAAAAUAGUUACACCCCACUGUCCAAAAAUCUGUAACUUUGUCAAAGCGUUCCAAUUUUAAUGAAAAUUUGUGAUAUAUGACUUUAUAAUACCUAUCUUUGUCCUAAAUGUUAAUUCUAUUAUUAUCAAACUACUGUAAAUAGAUCUUUUCGACUUUAUAAGUUGAAAUUGAUUUAUGAAAAUAUUAAAUAUUUAUUUCUGUUGGAGUAGACAAAUAAAUAUAUAAGACUGUUGAUCCG